AUGAAGGAGAUCGAUGGGGCUGAGUAUGGCGGAACCGCAACGCCUUACCAGGCCGACAUGGUGGAAAAGGCAGGACAAAGCUCCAACAAGGCACAGGAACUCGUGGGCAAGAUCGAGGAGUUGAUGCUGCCUGCGGACUACGCUGCCAAGGUUCCGGCGGAGUACGCAAACCUGCCGAGACUCGAUGGUCGGGCCGUGCUGGAGUGGACUCUGACCCGUGGCCCAGAUUCGGGCGCCACGAAGUAUGUCAUCGACGAAGAGCUCAUCGAGGAGGCCAAGUUUACUAUGGUCAUCGACGGCUGGUCCGCACCAUUGUCGGCCGGCAACUUCCUUGACCUGGUGAAUCGCAAGUUCUACAACGGGCUGCCUAUCCAGCGUGCCGACGGCUUCAUCAUUCAGACUGGCGACCCGGGUGCAGAUAAGGGAAAUGGCUUCUCGCCCGGACCGGGGCAGCCCGUCAGGACCAUUCCUUUGGAAGUUGGCCUCCGAGGUCGCAAAGAGGCGCUCUAUGGCGAGACGGUCGACGAGGCAAGACUCGUGGGUACCGAGGUGAAGAUCCCGUUCCAGGCUGAUGGAACUUUUGCCCUUGCUCGUCGGGAGUUCGACAACGACUCUGAGCCAGCCUUGGUGUUCAUGUUCCUGUUCGAGUCCGUGGUGCUCUCAGCAAGGAUUUGGGUUGAGUAG